AUGGAUAUGGUGGCAGACUUGGGGGCAAAUAGACUCUAUCGGGCGCCGGGUGAAUCAAGUCACCAGCAGCCUCAGAGGUGGUUCAACACUGCUGACAUCACAGUGGCUCACCAAAGCAACCUGCUGAAGCAGCUCAACCAGCAGCGCCGCCAGGAGCUUUUCUGUGACUGCAGUGUGCUGGUGGAGGGCCAGCUCUUCAGGGCCCACCGUAACGUCUUGUUCGCCAGCAGCGGCUACUUCCGCAUGCUGCUGUCCCAGGGGCCCGACGGCCUGUCCGACUCUGUCAAUGCCACCUUCGACGUCUUCAGCCCCGAGACCUUCACCGUCAUCCUGGAUUUCAUCUAUUCUGGGCAGCUGGACCUCUCCAGCCACAAUGUGAUCGAGGUGAUGUCUGCAGCCAGCUACCUGCAGAUGAACAAUGUCAUCAGCUACUGCAAGAACUUCAUCAAAUCCUCCUUGGAUAUCAGUGUGAAAGAUGAAGACAGUGACCGCUGCCUCAGCUUGUCUGAGACCUGCAGCUUCACCAGUGGAGCUGGAGAGGAGACCUCAGAACAGCAGCAACAAGGCCCCUGCUCUGUCAGCCCCCCACCUGCACUCUGGACCAGGGACAACUCCAGAUCUCAGUCUGGUUUUAUAGGGAAGGACCUAGACCAGGACACUUCAGCCUCAGCCAUGAAGACUAAUCCAAGCAGCCCUGCUAAUGAGCUCAAUGCAGAGGCAGAGGACAUGCAGGACCCUCAGGACCCUCUGUACACCUUGCCUGGAUCAGAGCGCCGGCGAGGUAAAGGAGGAACUAAGAGGAGAGCGCCGAACAGCACCCGCUCCAACCAGCACGAGGACUUGGAUAUCCAGGAAGCAAGGGCUCAAAAGGCAGAGAAGGCAGAGGAGCUGUACGCAACUCUACCACCGAUAGUAGGUGUUAUUGGACACUUUAAUAAAGACUCCAACCCCAUUAUGCGCUUCAAAUGCCCCUUUUGUACCCACACAGUGAAGAGGAAGGCAGACCUGAAGCGUCACUUGCGUUGUCACACUGGAGAGAGGCCAUACCCCUGUCAGGCCUGCAAUAAACGCUUUACCCGCCUGGAGCACCUCCGCAGCCAUUUUGAGACGAUCCAUCAAGCCAGGAAGCUGGUGUGCAGGAAGUGUAAGUGUCAGGUGACAGAGGAGACAGGGCAUGUGGUGUGUGAGGGCACACGACGCUACCGCAUGUGCACCGCGUGCAUCCAGGAAGUGGGCUGUGACAACAUCCCCAUGGACAGUCUAGAGGGGGCCAACGAAGAGCCGGCCCUGUUACUGGGCGUGGACGGGGAGGAGGAGGGGGACACCAAAAGGAGCUGGAUGGUAACCGAUGACGACGACCUCGCCGAAGACUCAGGGGCCGACCUCAUCAUCCAACAAGUGGACGACAGUGAUGAGGAGCUGCAGUGA